AUGACCCAAACAAAACCCACCAUCGCCAUUGUCCGCGCAAACCCUGUCGACAGGCCCAAGGCUUGGGCCAUCGUCGACGCAUACUGCGAGGAGAUUGGCGUCGUGGUCCGCGACACGCCCGCCGCCUUUGAUGCCUAUUUUGACACUGGGUCCGGCAUCUGGCUGGCGGAAGAGUCCGACGACCCACAUUCUGUCGUUGGGUGCAUUAUCCUGCGUCCCCUCCAAAUCCCUGGCGAGCGCGCGGCAGAGGUCAAGCGCCUGUACGUGCUCCCCUCGACGCGAGGGCAGCGCGUUGCUGAGCGCCUGCUCGCCGAGCUGGAAGCCUAUGCCGCGACUUCUGGCUACGACUGGAUCUACCUCGACAGCAAGGACGACCUGUUGGCUGCUAUCAAGUUUUACCACAGGCAAGGCUAUGAGUACUGUGAGCGCUACAACGAGAACCCCCAGGCGACCAUCUUCAUGCGCAAACGCAUUGAGCCGCUGGCGCCGCCCUCGUGA